GUGGUAGGACGUUUUGCUGAAAUUUUCAGGAUACUGUUUCAGUGGUUUUUGACAGAGAAUUUGUGCCCAAGAUUGUGCUACCGAGUGAAUACUGGAUUACCGAGCCAAAAUUUUAAGUCAAGAAAUAUCGAACGGGUGUCUGCGGGUGCGUGGCGCACUCUAUCGGCGCUACGGGGAGAGCGGGCGCGGGACGCGGGGCGGGGGCGAGUCCCCCCCUUCCUCAGUUCGAAUUCUGCAGUCGAGGAGUGUGGACGUGUCGCGCCGCGCCGUGACACCGGGUCGUUUGCGCGGCAACUUUGAAGCAUUGUGAGAGUGUCGAACAUGUGCACUGGAUUGCGGUGACUCCCCAAAUCGGAUGCAGUGUUCGGAUUGCCCCACCUGGAUUGCAGUGUUUUUCUCUUGGAUCGGGAUACUUUAAGCCGCAAAACUGGGGAUGCACAAGAUGGAGCUCGGCGACAGCGUGUACGCCGCUGAGCGCAUCAUGAAGCAGAGGAUUAGACGGAACAAGGUGGAGUACUACGUGAAAUGGAAAGGCUGGAAGCCCAAGUACAACACCUGGGAGCCCGCCGAGAACAUCCUCGACCCCCGCCUCAUCCAGAGCUUCGAGCGCGGCGAGGACCUCCGCAAGCAGGGCCGCAAGCGCGAGCGCGAGCACUCGCCCGCCGAGCGCGCGCGCAGUGCCGACGACGACGGCCCCCCGCCGCCCGGCAAGCGCAAGGCCGAGGUGCUGUCCAAGGAGUCCGGCAAGAUCGGCGUCACCAUCACCAUGAGCCCGCCCGCGCGCCGCCCCGACGUCGCCAAGCCGCGCGCGCCGCCGCCCGCCGCGCCGCCUGGUGGGGCGCCCGCGCCAGCCUCCCCUGCCGCCGAGGCCGCCGCCCCCCGCACCGGCCCGCGACGCGCCCCCGCCUCGCCCGAGGAGGCCGACGCGCACACGCCGCCGGAGCGCGAGCGCCGCACCGACUCGCAGCCCGCCGCCGCCGCGCCCGCCGAGCCCCGGGGCGCCAAGCCCCAGCCCGCGGCGCCCGAGGACGAGGACUCGUGGGGCGAGGCGGCGGCGCCGGUGCUGCUCCCGCCUCCGCCCCCGCCGCGCCGCGGCGCCGCCUACUGGCUGGCGCGCUCGCCGGUCGCGGACCAGAUCUUCAUCACGGACGUGACGGUGAACCUGCAGACGGUGACGAUCCGCGAGUGCCGCACGGAGAAGGGAUUCUUCCGGGCGCGCGAGGCCCGGCCGCUCGACGUGACGUAGGCGGCCUAGGCGCGCCCGCCGCGGGCGCCGGACUCUGUGAGUGAGCCGUGUCGCAGGCCCAGCUAGGACGUAAUCGCCCGACGGAGAAGGACCCCCCGAUUUAGGCGAAUUAUUUGUCAAUUGUUAUGAUAUGCGUAGAUUCUAUAUGAUUUGUUGAAUUAAUUGUAGCGACGUCGACCGGUCCCGAUACCUCCCAGUAUGCUAAUUAGUGAUUAGUGAGUAAUAUAUUACCGCGGCUGUCCGGCGGCCGAUAGAUUUUAACGUUCUUCUGUCUGUAGUGCCCUGCUGCCGGAAUAAUUCCAACUUUUCAGUUUGGAAACACAUAGGUUUUGAUGUUUUGUUCAUUAUUAACGUAUUGUUAUUAUAUUGAAUCUCCUGAUUUCUCAUUAAUUAUGUUUGUACAUUUGUAAAUAUCUUUUAAGUUCUAUUUAAUGAUCCUAUUUGUUUAAUAUUUUGUUAUUGUUAUGUAUGUGUAAUUUAAUUUCUAACAUACGAUAAAAUUCCAAUUCUGCCUAUAUUAUUUUUCGUAAGUUACUGCACUGUAUAUGAAGAUCGUUUGUACAUUAUAAUUUUUCAACUAGUAUUAUAAGGUUACCAUGCAAAACAUAUUAAGUACCCUAUCGAAACUGAUUUAUUUAUUAUCAUAUUCUGAAAUAAUAUUACAUUCAAAAUGGUAACCGUGAGAUGAUUGUUUAUUGUAAAGCUCGAUUCCUACAUUAAGUUUUGCACCUAUGUUUAGUUCCUCGAGUCGAGCCGGAGGCGUAGACUCCUAUUAUUUUGUAAGGUCUUACACCGUAGUACCCAGUACCUACAUUACAUAGUAUGAUAUAAAGCAAACAAUUUAUUGAAUGUAGAAUCUGUCACACACUAUGUAUAAUAGUACUGUCUCUAAUAAUACGAUUAUAUUAUUUGAGAUAUCUAAGACACAUUACUUAUUGUUAAACUAUAACUGAAAUGUUAUGUAAGUCAAUAAAAUAUGUUAAGAAAAUCCGGUACUAAUGU